UAUGUGGUUUUUUUUUUUUUUUCCUUAAACUAUCUGGUGAGGAGCGCAGGCUGCUGGGAGGUUUGCCUUAAGCGUACUCAUCGCUGGGAAUUGCGUUUAGGUUAUUAUACCCGACUUCAUGUUCUAAGGCCUAACUUCAAAAAUAAGACUGAAAAAGUCAAAGAGAUUUGAGAAUCGUUUUUCCUGUAGUCCUGGGCCCAUCAAGGUGACCCGAUGAAAGAAGAAAAUGAAAGGCACGAAGAAAAAUCUUACAGAAGAGUAUCUAUACCUGGACUUUUCUCACCAAACAGAAGGAUGUAUCUUUCCUCUUCAUACGUCUGUAACUUUGUUUUUGUUGUCCUACUGUGACUGCAGAAUCUUUAAAGUUUGCUUAGUUCUGACCAAAGAAAGUACAAACAGUUCAUUACUGAGAGAUGUGCUGUCCCAGGAUAUUAAAAUACAAAUUAUUUCAAGGCAAGAACUUCCACCGAUAGUCCAGAACUGCUGUUUGCCUGCGGUAGUAGAACAACCAGACAACUUUUGCAGAGCCGGACUUGCCAUUGUGCUAAGACACAUCAUCCAAAAGUCGUACGAAGUGGACCCCUCCAAGAAGGAAAUUUUGGAACUUCUGGGUUUUAAAAAGACUUGCUUGAAAGCCUGUGCCGAAGUUAGCCAGUGGACCCGGCUGUGUGAACUCACCAUUCCUCUGGUUAUCGAGAAUUUUCUCAGAGAGGCUUCUGAGCAGCCGCCAGCCGUCCCCGUGGAAAUACGACAGCUGGAGAAGAAGCUCAGUGAGCCGGUGCGGGUGCACAACGAUGACAAGCUCCGCAGGCAGAAGCUGAAGCAGCAGAAGGCAGCUCAGGUCGGGCCACCCCUUACUCAGGGCCACACGCCGGAGACAGCUGAAGACGGGGAGUCCUCCUCCAGGAGUCUGGAACUGCGGGUGGCAUUCUCGAAGCUCAGGGUCCAGGGCCAAACAGCCGCCACCCACAGGGAGCCACCUCACAUCCGAAAGGCAAAAGCCUCUGACCUGCCCCCUCUGGAGCACGUGUUUGCGGAAGGGCUCUACUUCACCUUGACGGACAUCGUGCUCCUGCCCUGUAUCCAUCACUUUCUGGUAAUUAUCUGCGAGAAAUUUUCUGAAAAGCUAGUAGAAUUUCCACUGCUAGCCUCGUGGUACCAGAGGAUUCAGGAAGUGCCAGGAGUCAAAACAGCUGCUUCCAAGUGUGGGAUCCAAUUUCUUCAUUUACCAGAGUUGUUGACCCCCUCAAAUGAACAGCAUCCAAACUUAAGUGACAUACCUGGUUCAGAAGAGCAAAAUGAUCCUUUAUUUGUAGGAGGACCAAGACCGACUAUGACCAAGUUAAUGGAAAAAGGCAUCGAAGUGAUGUUUUCUCCCCACCCUUGCCCUACUUGGACCCUGGAUUGGAAUGGUCUCCCUGCAGCCGUGAGCCCAAAGGAAGGUAAAAUGUCCAUCGACCGAGCUUUGAGGAAGCAGCAACAGUUAAACAACCUUGUUUACGUCGUGACAAAUCAGGCCAAACCUGGUGACAGAAUUGUGGAUUUCUGCAGCGGUGGGGGCCAUGUUGGAAUCGUCCUCGCGCACAUGCUACCGUCAUGCCAGGUUACAUUAAUCGAAAACAAGGAAUUAUCAUUAAUUCGUGCGAAGAAGAGAAGUGACGAACUAGGUUUAAACAACAUUUGGUUCAUUCAGGCCAAUAUGGAAUAUUUUACAGGGAUGUUUAAUAUUGGGGUGGCACUGCACGCCUGCGGGGUGGCUACGGACAUGGUCAUCGAGCACUGCGUCAAGAUACGUGCUUCCUUCGUCACCUGCCCCUGCUGCUACGGCUUCAUUCAGAACACCUCAAAAUUUAGUUUCCCGAAAAGUGAACAAUUCAAGAAAACUUUAUCAUACAAGGAACACAUGAUUCUGUGCAGAUUUGCGGAUCAGACGGCCGUCCAGCUUCCUCCCCAGCAACGGCUCAUAGGAAAACAGUGCAUGUGCCUCGUGGACCUAGACCGGGCCAGAGCUGCGGAAGAGCGCGGCUACUCCGUCCAAGUGAUAUCCAUGGAGCCCGAGAGCUGCUCCCCCAAAAAUAACAUGAUCGUGGGAGUCCCCGUUUAGAACAGGACAUUCACAUCCGACGUUUUACCACCAGUCUUCGCGCUGAAAGCCCAGUGACAGGAAGAUCUCGGGGGAAAGGGUCCCUGCGGAGCAUCGCAAAAGCUCCUGCUAUGUGUGAUUAACGGACUGCUGGUUUUCCCCCUAAGAAUCCACCUGGAGUCGCUGCUGCCGAAAGAAUAAAACUCACCAGCGGAGGUCCCCUCACUGGAAUAACCCUCUCCCUCCCGGGUCACAAGCUUUCCGAAUCUUGCCAAUGUGACGUGCAAUUGAAAAUAAUAUACCUGCCGUCUUUAUUUUGUAACCGUUUAUGUAUUCACCUGGAGGCUGAAACUAGACUCAGUGGGGUUUUUUUUUGUUUGUUUGUUUUAUAUUUUUAAUAAUUGUACUUUUUCUAUAAAUUUUAAAAAAUUAGGAAAUUACAGCAUUUUUAAGCUGGAGUUAGUUCACCUUGUUAUGUCAUUUAGUAUACUCCUUUUAAAUAAAUUUCCCAUAAAGUACCAAAUGAGAGAAUCGCUGCUUCAAACAUUUUAGGGGAAGAGAUUAUGAAAGAAUUGCCAUAAAUGUCCCUGUUUGGGGAAUGUGGAAUGGGGGCAUAAAUUCUAACUAAACCAUAAGCACAUUGAUUAGUGAAUUCAGGAUGGUAAGUAAUUAUGGAGGAUCCAUUGUUUUUAAGACUCCAGCCUACAUUCUCCUGAGGACUCAAAGAUGAGUUGCAAGAGACACAAGUCUUUGCCUAUGGAAGUGAAUCUUCUAGAAGAAAAAGAUUAAAGAAUUAGCUAAAUUUUUUAUCUUAUACUAUAAUGUAUGGUCACAGGAUUUGUUACUCAGAUGUCAAUCGUAUUUUUUAUUUGUUUUAGGGGCAUAAGACUUACAGAAUAUAAAUUGGGAGUGUGAGAGGUAUAUGAGAGCUUACUGGAAUUGUUCUCUCUGCCUAAAUUCAUUCUCCCUUUUCUGCCAGCCAGCAUUUUUAAAGACAGAUGGUACAUUCUUUCUCACAUGCUGCUAAUUAUUUACCUUUUACGUGUCCUAGAUUAUUUUGUUUAAGAUUUAUUUCACUGAUUUUGAUUAUUUCCGACCCCCAUGUUACACAUACCAUGAGAAGAAAGGAUUUUAAUUGGUCAUCACUGUGGAUUAAAAUACAGGAGGACCAAUUUUCAGGGCACUCUGGGUGGAGGCAGGGAGGUUUCGGAGUCUGUUUUCUAGGAUAAAAUUUAAGAAAAGCAUUAACCAUCGGUCCUGAGUAUCUUAGUCAUCCAUGCCCAUAGAAAACAACAUGUUCUUAUAUCCUGGAGUUUCUUUUUUUUCAAUUGAGGUUUAAUUCAUGUGCAAUAAAAAUAACAGAUUUUUAAAUGUUCCUUUGAGAAGUUUUGACAACUGUAAACACCCAGGUAACCACCACUAAAAUAAGGUAUUUCCAUCAGACACUGUUAGAUACACACAGUGAGAAUAUUUUUCCCAGCCUGUGUCUCACCUACUCAUUUUCACAAUGAAUGUUUUAAUUUUGAUGAAGCUUAAUUUAUCCUUUAAUGGUUAAUAUUUUCUGUGUCCUCUCUAAUAAAUCUUUACCUACCCUAA